AUGACUGAGGAAAAAAUGUUGCAUACAUUGAGAGAUAAAGCAAGUGAUGGGCCAAUUAGUAUAGGAACAACAGGCCGAGUUGGGACCCUCAUGAUGCAAGAACUUGAAGCCAAAGAAUGUAAAAGGAAACCACACAACGCUCCAGUUGUCUCCCUCUAUUGUGGACGGAGCCGGUUCUUGCCAACCCCUAAUUGCCUUGUUUCAAGAGAGAGUCCGAAACCAACGAGGAAAAGCGCCGACUCGGGAAAUAACAGUUCUAGGCACAGAAGGGCACAAUAUGGUUCACAACAUAUGCCUAUGCUCCAAUCUGAAGAGACGGUUUCUGUAAAUACAACUCCUGUAGGAGUCAGAGGAAGACCUGGUAAGAAAGUAUCUAAAUUAGUUGAAAUUGUAGACUUGAAAUGUGGGAAUCAAGAAAGAAGUUGGCCAGUUCCUAUUACAAACCAGCUCAAGAGGGUUAGUUUCUCAAAGCUGUCUGGUUAA